AUGGAGAAAUACUUGAAAGCUCUUCCAGUUCUGACAGCUGUGUCAGAGCAGACAAAGCCUAUGGCACACCUGGAUAUGGAUGACACCAAACACCAUGAGGACUUUAACAGCCAAGGUGCAAAGGAGGCAGAAAGUGUAAGGAAAAUAACAGAUGUCAUCAACAACCACAUGAUCAAUCCAUUCACAUGUGAAGAACAGGAGCUGAUGAACAUCUCAACAGGCCACAAAGCCGCAUCUGCAGACUUGGCGAGCGCUCGUGAAAAAGGACUGGAGGCACUGGCUGCAGCAAGAAAAUCAGACAGUGAGAAAGUAGCCCAAAUAAAACUUGCCACCUUUGCAGCAAAGCCAAAAAAGUCACUCUCCGUGGCAUUCAAAGCCAAGAAGGUCUACGAGGAAGAGAGUGCAGUUGUCCGGAACCUGUACUUUGUGCAGGACUUAGAUGAAGACAGGAAGGUGGAAGUCUUUGGUCAUGAAUGGACAAGAUGCCCAGCCUCCCUGUUUGAGCCAGAUCCGUCCCUUGACCAAGAAGAUUGUCAGGUUGAGCUUCCAGAACUUUCCUGUGAGAAACAUGAGGAGGCAGAUACCAGGAUGUUUGCUCACAUUGCAUACUCAGUAAAAAUUCUGCACCACAAACGGGCUGUAGUGGUUGCGACUGACACGGAUGUGAUCAUGAUGUGCGUGUACUACAUCACACACAUGGACGGCCUGCAGGGGCUGUGGGUGAAGACGAUGGAUAUCUUCCCACCUGUUCAUGCCAUCACGAAAGCUCUGGCAGGGAAGUAUGAUGUUGCCGCUGCAGAUCUUACAUCCCUUCUCCUCAGCACCUACAUACUUACCGGAUGUGACACAGUGAGCUAUCUGUACAGAAGAGGAAAAAGGCGGGCUUACACAACUGCCAUUAAACACCUGACAGACCUUCUGCCGCUGUGCAGGUACGGUGACCCUGAGGAAAGCCUUGGAUGUUCAGGAAGAGGUCAUAACAGAUACAUCAUGUCACUCUAUGACAGGAGUGACUUUGGACUCUUUGCGAGCAUCAAAGGAGACAUGCGUUGCCUUCCACCGACCGAAGAUGCCUUCCUGUUACACCUUCGCCGAGCCCUGCAUCAGUUGGCGGUGUGUAAGCGGGCACACAUGGUUCAGCCUACCUACCCGGCUGCCAGUGAUUUUGAGAGACAGCUUGUCAAUGGCAAAUUGGUGGCAACCAUGAUGAUGAAGGAGGCAAAACCUUCUGAAUUCAAACACAGCAAAUGCUGUCGCUGCAAGAAAAGCAUGUGUGCCCGAGGAUGCUCCUGUGCAAGAGCCAGUGUGAAAGUCCUGAGCGACCUCUCUCUCCACACUAUCUCCAGCCAUUCUUUCGAGGAUCUGAAAGGAGUCCAGAAAAUUGAGAUUUCAAUGAGCCUCACUCUGGAAACCAUUCAGACGUUGGCGUUCAACAGUCUUCUCAACCUCUCGGAGAUCUCAAUCGAGAAAACCAGGAAUCUGAUGUACCGCAUGGGGGGACAUGCGCCCCCAAAUUUGUCCCUCCGAUUUAGACUAAAUAGCACAAACACUCAGCAGCGGAUGAGGGAUGUCUCUGCAACAGCGGUCGGGGACCUACCAGCGCACGGACUCGAGUCGGUUUUGGUCUUGCUGGCCCAGUCGGCGUUCGCUUUAAAGAGGCUGCCUCCCCUGCAAGGACUCUGGAGCCCGCGAGAGGCCCACCUCGCCUACAGCAGCCACUGCUGUGCGUUGCUCACCUGGAGCGCAGACAGGGAUUUCCCCAUUCACCCGGCAUGGAGUAAUGGAUCCAUAUAUUGUGAUGAGUUUGACCCUUCAGCGAGGGUUCAAGGUGUAACUGGAGCUUCAUCAAACACACCCCUUUCUGUGGAUAUGCCAUCUAUUUCCGACGAUGAUGUGUUUAUCAGAGACGGAGGCUUUGGAGACGUGAAUUUCCGGUAUCCAGAACUGGACUACUGCCAGAGUUCCCGGUGCACCCCUGAAGCCGAUGCUUUCAACCCUUGCGAGGACGUUGCAGGUUUCAGUUUUCUCAGAGUCGCCAUUUGGUUUAUCAGCGCACUGACCAUCACGGGUAACCUGUCGGUGCUGCUAGUUUUCUUUACCAGCCGGAGCAAGCUGACCGUACCGCGCUUCCUCAUGUGCCACCUGGCUUUCGCAGACCUCUGCAUUGGAGUCUACCUUCUGAUGAUAGCCAUUGUGGAUCUGCGCACACGUGGACGCUACAGUCAGCAUGCCGCUGAAUGGCAGACUGGGCCCGGUUGCGGUGCCGCCGGCUUCUUGUCUGUAUUUGGUGGGGAACUGUCAAUCUACACACUUUCCACUAUCACUCUGGAGCGCUGGCAUACCAUCACCAAUGCUCUGAAGCCAGAACGCCGUCUUGGCCUCAUGCAGGCUGCUAGUGUAAUGGCAGCUGGCUGGUUGAUCUGUCUGGGCAUGGGAACACUACCCCUGGUUGGUGUAAGCAGCUACAACAAAGUCAGCAUGUGCUUGCCAAUGGACAUAGAAACCCCCCUGGCUCAGGCCUUCAUCAUAAUCCUGCUGCUCGUCAACGUGGCCGCCUUCCUUACCGUGUGUGUUUGCUACAUGCUGAUCUACUUGGCUGUGAGGAACCCCGAGUUCCCUGGACGUGGCGCUGAUGCCAAAAUCGCCAAGCGCAUGGCUGUGCUUGUUUUCACCGACAUGCUGUGCAUGGCGCCGAUCUCCUUCUUUGCCAUCUCGGCAGCGUUCGAGGUGCCCCUAAUCACAGUUACUAACUCCAAGAUUCUCCUGGUGCUCUUCUUCCCCAUCAACUCCUGUGCUAAUCCCUUCCUUUAUGCCAUCUUCACCAAGGCUUUCAGGAAGGAUGCCUACCAGCUCAUGAGCAGCAUGGGUUGCUGCGAGAGCAAAGCCAGGACUUAUCGCAUGAGGAGGGCCUGCCGCUCAGAAAAUGUCAUUAGGAACAGAUCAACCACCUCCAACAACAAGGGUUCCCGCCCGGUGCUGAGAAUGGCUGCCUUUCAGCAACAGAGCCAACAUUUAUAAGAGGAGGAAGACCUCGUCUGUGGACAAAAGAGCCGCGAGAUGGUUUGA